AUGGAUACAACGUCUUCCACUCUUUCCAAAGAACAAAUCUAUGAUAAGCUUAAGGGCUGCAUUUACGGUGCUGCACUUGGAGAUGCAGUAGGGCUUGCGACCGAAUUUCUAUCUAAAGAGCAAGCUAGAACGUUCUAUGGUGUUGGGCCUAUAGCCUUUGGGACUGAAAAAGGUUACGAAAUAGUACGUGACACGCAUAGAGGCCGUUGGGAAUCGGGUGACUGGACUGAUGAUACAGACCAACAGCUUCUCAUAGUCCAAUCAUUACUUUCCCUAAAUGGCAUAUUCAACACGCGUGAUUUUGCCAAAAGAUUACGUCAAUGGGCCGAGCGAGGGUUUCCCGAAUUAGAAAAUAAACCUCCUUUCGGAAUAGGACUCACCGUUGGCUCAGUUUUAAAGCAUUCAUUGUUUAUAUCGACACCACACAGGGCCGCGUGGGAUGUCUGGGAGAAUUAUGACUGUAAUUUAGCUGCGAAUGGGGCAUUAAUGCGAACUGCUAUUUUGGGGUUCCCGAAUUAUAAGGAUGAAAUGAAAGUAGUCAAACAAACGCUACAAGCGACAAAAGUCACCCACGCUGAUCCAAGAUGUUGCGUCUCUAGUGUCAUUGUCACUGUCUUAAUUUCGAGGCUGUUACAAGGCGAUGAUUUUGUAUCACAAGGUGAUGUAGAGCUGGAUCACUCGACGAAAGAAACAAUUGCCAAAUGGAUGAAAUCAGGGAAGCCGGCUAAUAAACCCGAAGAGAAUAUUGAUAUGGAAGAUCCUCCAGAAACAUCGAAAAAGAAUGUCAUUAGCAAAACACUCAAUCGAGUAAGUAAAUUUAUGGGCGGAGGAAGUUCUUCCGAUCCAUCCGAAUGGAUUCGAAAAACUUUGAAGAAACAGCAACAGCAAUCAUCAAAAUCGCGACCUGAUGUCACAAUUCCUGAUGAUCCACCUGCAAGCAUGGAUACUUUUGGCGCAGAUCCAAAAUUAUUAUUGUUAGCGCAGAAUGUCGUAAAUCGGUACAAGUUUAUGCUUGAACCGUUACUUACGCAUUGUUUCCCUGCGUCAUUGUCCGCUCUAAAGCUCGAUGAACCAUCGUCAUUGGGAUACGUGUACAAGUGUCUUGGCUCUGCCUUAUAUUGUUUUACUAGGGAUUUGAGUGGUCACUCAAGCGAAGGAGAUGCCUUCAAAAGAAUUAUUACAGAAUUAACCUUGGAAGCUGGGGAUGCUGAUACUAAUGGAGCUGUAGCUGGUGCUUUGCUUGGCGCCAGGAUUGGAUACAAGAAGUUGCCAAAGGAAUGGAUAAACGGAUUAAGGUUUACUGAUUGGUUAGAUGAGAAAAUUGAUCGGUUAUGGACCUUAGCCACAGCUGAUGAUUCUGUUAAGCGUUAG